UUCACGUCCCCUCCAGACGCGCGUUCAAGUGUGACGGCGACCCUGCUGCGUCAGUUGCGCGCCUCCUCGCUCCCGAUGCUCUCCUUUUCCUGACAACCAGAAGAUAGAUGUUUCGAUUUCAGUCCCUGGAUGACGACUGUACGUUGGAGGAAGAAGAUGAUGGACCGAUUGAGGAGGAAGAUGAAAUCGACCAGUUUAAUGACGACACCUUCGGAGCUGGGGCCAUUGAUGAUGACUGGCAGGAGGAGCACAAGCGCCUGGCGGAGCUCGAUGAGCGGGAUGGGUUAGGAGCAGGGCUGGGUUUAGGAGGAGAUGAAAUCGGAGGAGAGUCCAACCUCUCCUCCUCCACCAGUCUCCCUCCGUCUUCGGGCCAGCUCCCCCGACCUUCGCUCAGUUUCUCCUCGUCUUCCUCUGGGCUGCCAACACAAGAUGCAGACAACCAGUCGGGGGGAAGCAACUUGGUGGAGUCUCUGGCCCGAUUCAUUUUGGACGCUGACCCAGCCAUCGCUGGGGUCGGAGCGGCCGAGAGGCCUGUUCCGCCUCCCGGCUCUGCAGGACCGGGUCUGUCCGCCCUGCCUGGACCGGAUCAGCACAGAGUCCUGCCGCAGCCCUCCUCCAUCCCUCAGAAGCAUCAGCACCAGCUGCCCCUGGGAGCCCCCACCUCAGGACUUCCUCCCUCCUCCAUGCUCAGCUAUCAGCAGCAGCAACACCUGCUUCGCAGAGGCACCGCUGCUGUGGGCCAGAUGAACUCUCACAGUAUCUGGGAGAACAGUAUGGGCUUUGGGCCGGUCAGUGUUACACCAGGACUUGUCACACAUAUGGAGAAUAGUCCACUGAUGUCGAUAAUCAAAGAGGUAGGGCUUCCUAAACGCCCUCCUCAGGGGAGGAGCGAUGAAGGACAUGACCUGUCAGAGAGGGUUCCACCUCCUCGCUCUUCUUCUCCUGUGAUUGGCUCUCCUCCAGUGAGGGCGGUGCCUAUCGGGACCCCGCCCAAGCACCCAAUGAGCCUGAACCAUCAGAUCCACCACCCCACAGCGGUCCAUGUGAGGGCGCCGGUCCAGCACAGAUACCCAGCUCCCUUCCCAGAGCGCCUGUCCCCCAACACGCUCCUCAACAUAGCUAACUCUCCGUUGUGUCGCAGUCCGUUCCCUCCGAGAGUCGGUCCGGUUCUGUCUCAGCUCCAACGAGCUCAGCUGCUCAACUCCCAGGUGGCCGGUUUUCCUCGAGGUGGUCCUCUCUUAGCUGGUGGAGGUUUCAGGCCCUUCUUCGGGGGCCCUCCUCCUCCUCACGGCCACAGGAUGGGCCCUCCACCUCCUCACGGUCCCCUCAACCAUGCACCUCCCGUCAGGCACAACACGACGCACCUCCACCCGCAGCACCGCCGUAUGUUGACGCAGCGCAUGCAGAGCCGAGGAGGCGACCGGGUCAGGACGGGACUGGACUGCCGCAGCAGGGACCCCUAUAGUAACCUGAUGAGCCAGAAGGAGAAGGAGUGGGUCACUAAGAUCCAGAUGAUGCAGCUGCAGAGCACCGAUCCUUACCUGGACGACUACUACUACCAGAAUUACUAUGAAAAGAUGGAGAAACGUCAGGAGAGGGAGCGAGACAGCAGCAGCAGCAAGAAGGAACACACCACCAAGCUCAUCACUCCACAGGUUGCCAAGGUGGAACACACCUACAGGCCAGUUCAGUUUGCAGGAUCUCUGGGGAAGCUGACGGUGUCCAGCGUCAACAACCCGCGGAAGAUGAUUGAUGCUGUGGUGACGACUCGCUCUGAUGAUGAGGAGAAGAGAGAGAAGCAGGUUUGGAACAAGAGACGCCAGAUCCUCUACACUGUGGAGAAGAUGUACAGUUUGCUCCUGGAGGUCCAAGACUUUGAGAAACGUUUCGUCCAGACUCCAGAGGAGGAGCGGGAGGCCCUGCUGGAGCAGCAUAAAACCAACACAGAGCAGCUGUGCAGCUCUCUGCAGGAGAAGGACUGGGAAGACAGAGUGAGCGAUGAGCUGUGUGUGAUGAUCAUGUCGGUGAGGAAAGGCAAGCGGCUCGUCGCUAGGCUCCUCCCCUUCCUGCCUGCCGCCCAGGUUGCUGCCGUUGUCAUGGUGAUUGCACGCAACCUCCCAGCCUUAGCGAAGAAGGACAAGCAGGACCAGGUUCUGUGCUGCUUGGUGGAUCCGGUCUCUGCGGUCAUUCAGUCGCUGUCCAGCUCCGCCCUCACAGACCUGCUGCAGGAGCUUCAAGGCAGCGAGGGUCAACUGACCACCGUGCUGCAGAACAAGUUUGGAAUGACGCUGCUGUACCUGAUCCUGAGUGAAGGAGAGAGGAUGCAGAGCUCCGACCCAAACUGUCAACUCAUGGACGACAAUCGAUGGACUGAGUUGGUGUUUUCAGUGACGAGGGAGCUGCUGAGCAUCCCAUCUUCAUCCCUCUCUCCUCCCCUCUUCACCCCUCCCAACCUGCUCUCUCUGUUCUCGCGCUACGUGGAUCGGCAGAGGCUGGAGCUGCUGCAGGACAAGCUACAGAUCUCUGCUUCAUCCAGGUAGAAGUUACUGCAUCAUCAUCAUGACUCCACCUCAGUCAAUGCAGAACUUCUCGGUGUGUGUGUGUGUGUGUGUGUGUGUGUGUGUGUGUAUGUGUGUGUGUGUGUGUGUGUGUGAGUGUGUGUGUGUGUGUGUAUGUGUGUGUGUGUGUGUGUGAGUGU